UUGAGAUGCGUGACAAGCCCCGUCGGAGAAAACGUUCGUUUGUGCGUCGUUUGUUUUCUCACCCAGUCAGCUUUUUACUUAUUCUGGUUCAACCAUUAAUCUGGAUAUCAGCACCGAUUAUUCGCGUACAGUUAACACUUAGCCUGGUCGAGUUCGUAUGUUCAGCCGUGGGUACUGCUGUCUCUCGAGUCCGCGGCCUGUCCUUACCGCGACCUCGACUGCCAUGGCUGUGGGGAUAUCGUAAGCUACCCGGCUCACAGCACAGAGCCGAGGGUAAGAGACUUGAACAGAAGCGGGGUGUGUGCGUCACAAAGCGUAGGCCGUCGGGUAGCGGAAUGGGCGGGUGUUGUCCACGUGGAAGCGCGGAGUCACGUGUGGAAGAAGGAACCGUGAAAUACAACAGCCAGAGAAGUCAGUGUCAAAUUCGGUCUGCUAGUACCAAUGCUGAAGUGGACACUGAAUCGGAGAUUGAACAGCUGGACUCUCGUAAGUGUCUGCAAGAGGGAACAAUCCAACAAUCCAGUGAAAGCCCGAAACCCAAUCGAGCACCUGCUAGUGAACAGAAAGAACUUAACGAAUUACGAAAUUACAACUUGGAACUACCUAGAAGAACAGAGAAACUGGGAAAUGAUAGCGAUGGGUUAAAACGCGAUGUAACAGAUUUACAAGAGGUAGAAAAGCUGAAGGUGGAAAACGAGCGCUUGAAAAAGGAGAUAUGUACUUAUUUUACAAAAAUAAGUGAGGUGCAAAAUAGAUGUGAGCAAUUAGAGAAUCAACAUGCACGGAGUGUAAACGACCUCAACCAAAUUACCACAGAAAAUAAUCAGCUUAAAAAGAAGGUUGGGUUAUUACGGACUAAUGAGGAAAAAAAGGAGUCAGAACUGAGAGCAUGCCAGAAACAGCUGGAGGACAUGACCUGUCGAUUCAGUAAGGCAGUAAGUGACAACCUUCGACUGGGGAACCCAGCUUUAGAGGACCUGAGCACAGCUAACCGGCCUUUGACACUGGCUGAUCGCUACCGGGUUGACCUGUAUGGCGGGGCUUGGUGUGAUGCGCUGUGUGAGCUGACGGACGGUGGAAUUAGCGAGGAGUCUGCUUUACUAAGGCUUUACGACACCGUCACGGACGUUUACAAAUUCAGCUUGACCCACCGACAUCGGCUGUUGACAGCAAAUUUCAAUGAUCUGUUCUUUUCAAAACCGGAUACACAGAAAAAUGUCACCGUUUGUUCUUCCUCGAUAUCAGGCAAUCCGGCAGCUAAGCCUGAUCGAAUGACUGAGCAGACAGUUAUGGAUCUUUUACGGAAAACCUUCAGCCCACAGACGGUCGCAUCCCUCCAACAGCUUUACAAUGUAGCCACACAAAGGCAGCCUGAUCCACAGACGCCACCUAUUAAGGGGGAGAUGAUGGCCGCGUUCACUGCCCUUUCUCUGGAACUCUGCUGGUUGUUUGCUAUUCAGGAACCGCCAAUGGUUUUGUACUUCCAGUUACCUGAGGACAAGAUCGUGGAUCAUAGCCUAUACCAGUUUUACAAGAAAGCAGGAACGCACGCUAGAUGUGUUAUCUGGCCAGCGUUGUUGUUGCACUCUGCAGGAAACGUGUUAUGUAAGGGUGAAGUGCUCGUUAUUGAUGAACCACCUGGAUCAAAUCCAACGGAGUAAUAACCACUACAACUUCUCUUAUGUGACCGUGGUGGGUCCAUCAUCAGUUAAUGCUAAAAUCAUUUUGGCAAAUGUAUUAGUCUUCAUUAGGAACUCGGUAUAGAGACCUUAAGUUUUUCUUCUGCAACUUCAGUGUUUCAUAGGCUAUACAUGAUUGUCACUCCCAACCAUUUAGUCCAUGGCCAUGUACCGUGAUGAAUAAAAUGGUAU